GUGAGGGUUUAUUGAUCUGAUGAUCCCACACACUUGCAACCUCUCUCGUCAUUUUGAAGAGAGAAGCACGCCGUAGCUGCCGUUCCCCGCCACCACCGGCGCUUUCCACUUCCCGUCGCCACCACCACCACCUGCUGCACGUCGCCGACUGCCGCCACCAAUUUCUCAGCCAUGUUUUUGUCAAGAGUAUUUGGAAGAGCACUCCUUGGUGCUGCCAGAUCAAAACAUUGUUCCACUACAGCAGCUGCUGCUGGCAGUGAAGUGCACAAUCCCCUUAAGGAGUUCUUUGAGCCAGACAGGAGCACUGAUGGUGAUAAACCUGUUGUCUAUGGUCGGAGUUGGAAGGCCUCUGAGCUGCGGCUGAAAUCUUGGGACGACCUUCAUAAGUUGUGGUAUGUGUUGUUAAAGGAGAAGAACAUGUUGAUGACUCAACGUCAGAUGCUUAAUGCGCAGAACCUGCGUUUUCCUAAUCCAGAGCGCAUCCCUAAGGUGAGAAAAUCAAUGUGUCGCAUCAAGCAUGUACUUACCGAGAGAGCAAUCGAGGAACCAGAUCCUAGGAGGUCUGCUGAGAUGAAGAGAAUGAUAAAUGGUCUUUGAUGACUUAUAGUAUGUUUGGUUCCGUGGUGAAAUGAUGUAGAAUCACUUAUGGUUAAAGUAAGCAUGGCUUGGAUUCUUUGCAAAUCGUGAAACUAAAUAUCCACUUAGAAAAGGAUCUGUUCCUGAUUAUCCUUGGAUGAAAGAUUGCUGACUUGAGGCAGGACUUUUUUGUUGUUUUGUUUUUAUUAUAAUAUUCUAGUUUUUGUUUGUUUUUUUGCCUUCAUGGCCCGCUUGUACUAAACAAAAGAAGAAGAAAAAUUGCUAUUUAAUUUAGAGAAAAUAAAUUUUAGCUGCA